UCUUAUAUUGGACAUCUCGGCAUCAACACAUCGUUACUUCAGUUUGGGUGAAGUUCCUUCUUAGAGUCUUCUUUUUAGCGCCGUAAGAUAGAAACCAAAACAGAAGCUCUACUGAAAAUGGCGCAAUUAUCAUCUUCCAACACAUAUGAACAAGAAGUUUGACAAGCUAGCUAUCUAGAGCACUUGAGUUUUUUAAACUCAACUGAAUUUGACUCCACAUUUUAAGCACUCACGAAGCAUUUGGCAUUUGGACAACCAACUUAAUACUGAUGCUUUUGACUUCAAAAUAAUUGUCAGGCAAUCACACUUACAGACAGCUUUGCGCACAAUUGGUGAGGCGUGUACAAGGUGUUUGAUAAAAGUCCUGAAAGAAAGAGGCUGCAGUAGAACGAUUAUGGGUACCGAAGUUCUUUUGGGGGGCAACAAUUGUGAUGGCUGGGGCAUGUUCACCAACAGUUCUUAUAGCGUGUUGGCCAUGGUGGCUGCUCAAUAGAUGCGACAAUGGUAUUAAUUAUGUUUGAGGUAAGACUUUCUUUUUUUUAGUUCUCUAAACUUUUAUAGCGUCUAAAGAUGCAAUAAGAGUUUAAAAGUAACGAUGAGUUGAAGUCAGACAAGCAACAUGACAUGUUUCUCUUGUGCUUGAACUUUAAGCACACAUUAAUGAUGGAGCUUUCCAAUGGGGGGUGGCAGUAGGCCAUUACAACUCACCAAUCCGAGAAUACACACCACUGCACGGUAAGUCAGACUUUGCUUUUCGGACAAAGCGCAUUCAAAGUGAGCAAUUUCAAAAAGUCAUAAGUGGGACUGGAAAAGCAUUGCAUUCUAGAACUGUAGGCUUCACUUUAUUAUGUACAUCUUUUCACACCAUCUUUUUUAUCUUAGCAUUAUUAAUUAGUGUAUGUAUAUUUUUUUCUGCUAUCGUAAUUUGAAUACAGCAUAUACUAAAACAUGAGAAUCCCACCUUUUAUACAUUCCUACAAAAAUAAAGGAGAAAAAGUAGAGAAGUCCUUGCUCUAGCUAAUUGUGCUUGAAUCAAUGUAAUGUCAAAACAUGUGGCACUCAGCCAAUUGCCCACUUGGCAGGAAAAGAAAGGGUAAUAUCCCCCCAGUCCCUCAACUUGAUAGAAUACCUGUCCACGUCAUACCACGAGACAUCUUUUCAUCAUCUAUAUAAGGAGCGUCAGAAGUUCAUACUCCGGUCCAUAAUCAAUUAAUACUCUGAAAAGCCUCCGACUUUAGUUUCUGCAUCGGUUCUCGUCUCAAUCCUUGUUCAAUGAGGACAAAAAGAAUGCCUACCAUUAACCUUGAUCAAAUUCCAAGUUUUGAAGAACAUGUUAAUGGCUUUGAUCAACAUGAUGUGUUGGUUGAGGAGAUUGAAGGCCUAAUUAGAGUUUACGGAAAUGGGUAUGUGGAAAGACCCCAGAUAGUUCCUUGUGUCUCUAAUGCAUUGCCGCCGGAGCUCGGUGUUACUUCUUGGGAUGUAGUUGUGGAUAAACUGAACAACAUUUGGGCUCGUUUCUAUAUUCCGACACAGUGCCAGGAGAAGCUGCCUUUGAUUGUUUACUUCCAUGGAGGUGGGUUUUGUGUUGGUUCGGCCGCUUGGAGUUGCUAUCAUGAGUUCCUGGCCAAGCUCUCUGCAAAAGCCAACUGUAUAAUUAUGUCUGUGAAUUAUCGUUUGGCUCCAGAAAACCCUCUUCCUGCUCCUUAUGAAGAUGGAUUAAAGACCCUUCAAUGGUUGAAACAAGUUGCUUUUGUAGGGGGCAAGCAGAAUUGGUGGUCAAGAUACUGCGACUUUACCAAAAUCUACCUUAGUGGUGAUAGUGCCGGUGGCAACAUAGCCUUCAAUGUAGCUGCCAGACUUGGUGGCAAGACGACUGCUUCUGGAGCUGUGAUUUUGAAACCGUUAGUUAUUAAAGGUAGCAUUUUGAUACAACCAUUUUUCGGUGGAGAGUCGAGGACCAAGUCAGAGAAGUUUCUUGUCCAACCUCCUCGUUCCCCACUGACGUUGGGGGUUUCCGAUACGUACUGGCGGCUGGCAUUGCCUUCCGGGACAAACCGUGACCACCCAUGGUGCAAUCCUUCUACAAAAGGAUUGUUUACGGUGGAGGAUUUGAGGGUUUUGCCUAGUUUGAUAUGCAUAUCAGAAAUGGACAUAUUGAAAGAUAGGAACUUGGAGUUUUGCUCUGCUUUACAUAGAGCGGGUAAGCUGAUCAAUUAUGUGGUUUACGAAGGAGUUGGCCAUGCGUUUCAGGUUCUGAACAAGUCACAACUCUCACAAACUCGGACCCUUGAAAUGAUUGAUCAUAUCAAGGCUUUCUUGUGUGUAUAGCUUCCGUAGAAUUUGUACAAAAAGGAAACCUUUUUCAGUUUUUGUUUUUUCCUCAAAGAAAAAAGAGAGCAUUCUUAUCAGAUUUAUCACUACAUUUUCCGUUUAAUAUUUAUAUACCUCAAUGGAGAUUACUGUACAAGUUGGAUUCUUAUUCAAGCUUGCAAUUUGGAAAUUCCUACGUGAAUAUAGAUUAUAUCUUCUCUGACUCA